CUAUUCACUUUUGUGUAUAGUUUAGCCAAGUUGUAGUCGCACGGAAUUAGAAUCGCAUGUGUUUUGCUGUGCGGGAAAUGUCAAAAGUGCGGGGAUAGGUGACGAAUUUAUUUGUGUGAAGUGAUUGUUAAUUCUUUUGUGAAACGGGAUAAUGUUUCGCCCCGCGGCUGUGCGGCGGCGGUGGCGCGCGAACGAUGCAUUUUUUAGAUUCCGAUAGACUGGGAAAGUUGAUGGGUAUUUUGAUUUUUGUGUGAUUGUGUUUGUGAGAAUUUCAAUGCACUCUGUGAUUUAGUUUUAAUUUUUGGAAUCUGGUGACAAUGAAAUUAUCGAGGGUAUUUGAUGUAACAGUAUGGUUGUUCGUGCUCUACCUGACUCUACAUUUUCCUACAAUAGAGACAAGGGUCGACGAUUUCGAGCAACAAGCGCAAGCUAGGGAGCAGCAGCCCCCCGCCUCCACGCCCCGGCCGGAGCCUCCGAACCAGUACCUGAACCAUGGGAAAUGCUUCCACAUGCCUCGGGAGAAGUGCCCGGAACCCGGGACCUGCACGCGGGUCAGCUCGACCUCAGUGUUCUGCUGUGAUUUAGACAGUGCCAAGCUGAAGGAAGACCUUAUAUCUACCGUGAAUCAGAACACGACAAACCUUCACAUUCUGAACGCGACCAUCGACGAGCUGGACAUCUCCCAGGCUGUCUUCAGGAGGCUGACCUCCAUGGCUCUCACCGACGGGAACAUUGGCAAGAUUGUCGAUAUGGAGGAGGAAGAAUACCUCUGGCCUUGGGGCAACUAUGAAAGUCAGUUCCCGAAGUACUCCGCCCUGGCGUGCUUGAAUAUUUCCAAUAACAACCUGACGAGCGACAAGCUCCCCUCCUCGUCCAACAACAGUCACCAGCGCCCCUUCGCGUACCUCUUCAAUCUGACCGUCCUGGACGCCUCAGCUAACAACCUCACCAAGUUCCCUUUGAGUCUGGUGCACAGCAACAAGAAGAUCAUGGUAGACUUCUCAGGCAAUAGAUACCUGCCUUGCAAGGAGUUCCAAAAGGCGAUGGAGUCCAGCUCCAACACGUCGUCUCUGGUCACCUUCCUCAACUACAAUGACACCUACUGCGCCCUGGACCUGGAGUUCAACUGGUUCAAGGAUGUCAAAAUUGUCCAGAUUGAUCAUCUUAGGAUACAGAAAGAGCUCAAUGUAAGCUGCAGCAAGAUAAAGCCACCAAACAUAAACUGUACGUGCAUCAGAACGCGCCUGGAGCUGACGGGUGAUGACGUCACUAACUUGGUGGGGGUGGACUGCUCCGAGCGCCAUCUAACGGUGAUGCCUACUGGACUGCCGCCCAACACGGUCAAACUCAACGUCUCGCACAAUAAUAUAACCUCGCUCCAAGCAGUGGGUGACGACCCGACAUACGAGCACCUACGGCAGCUGAUCGUGGAUUACAACGACAUAGAGAAUAUUGUGGAGCUGGAGGGGACCAAGUUCAUUGAGAAUUUUUUGCUGUUCUCCAUCGGGUACAACAAGCUUAAGACUAUUCACACAUACAUAUUGUCAAACCGUUUCGACAGCAAUGUGCAGACGUUCUCCAUCGCUGGCAACCACAUCCACUGUGACUGCAACACGGAGAAGACUCUCAAGCCGUGGCUGCAGGAGAACCUGGAGAACAUUCCGGACUACAAGUUGCUGUUGUGCACGGACGGCAUGGGCCCCGUGGUGGACCUGGUGGAGUCCCACGUGUGCCACACCGUGCGCGACUGGACCGACUACAUCUACUAUAUCAUUGGUCUAGAAGUAUUGAUCCUUGUGUUACUCAUCAGUAAAGUCUCGUACGACUACUGGGUGUUCAAGACAGCGGGUUAUUUGCCCUGGCCGGCGAACAAGAUGCCCAGGCUGCCCUGUGAUUGGCUGUGUGAGUGAUGACAGUAUGACCACUGCGGCUGCUACUUGCCCCCUGCUUAAAACGGCUUCGCUGACUUCCAGUCUCCUUUGGCGGCUGAGAGUGCGCCAUAAUCAUACGUUUUCGAAUGCACUGCGAUUAUGGCGUCAACACUGGCGCCUUAUCUCACACAUACCUGGGCGAUCUAUGCCAGUGUGCAUUAAAACUCGUAUGUUAUAUACCUUUACCUUCUUAAGUACUGAAUUAAGUACCUAAUAUUUCGCGGAUAUA